AUGUCUUACCGUAUUGAGGUCUCCAAGAACAACCGUGCCGGUUGCAAGGACUCGGUCUGCAAAGAGGAAGCAGUCAAGAUCACCAAGGGCGAGCUCCGUCUCGGAGUAUGGGUUGAGAUCUAUGAUCAUGGCGGCUGGCACUGGCGUCAUUGGGGUUGUGUCUCGGGACAGCAGAUCGAGAAUAUGCGCGAGAUGCUCGAUAAGGACGGCUCUGGCGACUAUCAGUGGGAUAUGCUUGACGGGUGGGAGGAGCUUGAGGAGUUCCCCGUGCUGAGGGAGAAGGUUCAGCGGGUUAUCACUCAGGGAUACAUUGACCCCGAGGACUUCAAGGGCGUGAGUAUAUCCAGUUACCAGGUCCCGGUUCAAGAUGUGGUAGAAUACCCUUUGCUGACUUUGCCUUUCCGCAUCAAGGACCCCGAGAUGAACAUACUUGGCCAAAGAGGCAUCCACGCCAAGACGAAGAAGGCUAAGGCGUCUGAGGACGGCGAGGAGGAGGACGCCAAACCUGCUGCCAAAAAGCCCGCCGCUAAGCGUGGUCGCAAGAAGGCCGAUGCCAACGAGGACGAUGAGGCCGAGCCCCCUGCGAAGAAGGCCAAGAAGGCCGGAGGUAAGGCCGCGGCCGUUAAGAAGGAGGAAAGUGAUGUCAAGGAGCAGGAAGAGGAGGAGGAGAAGCCUGUUGCUAAGGCCAAGGCCAAGCCUAGAGGCAAGAAGACAGCCGCCGCUGUCAAGAAGGAGGAAAGCGACGCCGAGGAGGCCGAAGAGGAGAAACCCGUCACGAAGGCUAAGGCAAAGGGCAAGAAGGCUGCUGCCGCCGUCAAGAAAGAGGAGAGCGAUGCCGAGGAGGCCGAGGAGGAGAAACCCGUCACGAAGGCUAAGGCUAAGGCUAAGGGCAAGAAGGCUGCUGCCGCCGUCAAGAAAGAGGAGAGCGAUGCCGAGGAGGCCGAGGAGGAGAAACCCGUCACGAAGGCUAAGGCUAAGGCUAAGGGCAAGAAGGCUGCUGCCGCCGUCAAGGAGGAAAGCGAUGCCGAGGAGGCCGAGGAAGAGAAGCCCGCUACCAAGGCCAAGCCCAGAGGCAAGAAGGCCGCAGUGAAGAAGGAGGAGAGUGACGCCGAAGACGUCGCGGCUGUUGCUGAGGCCCCUGCCAAGGAGGAGGAGAAUGACGAAGAAGAGGAGGCCAAGCCCGAACCUCCCGCCAAGAAGAAGGCCACCAGGGCUAGACCCCCGCGCGCAGCUCGCAAGGCCGCUAUCAAGGAGGAGAGCAGCAGCGAGAAAGAUGAAGAUGAGGAAGAGGAGGAGGAGGGUGAGAAGGAGAAGGAAGUCCCGAAGAAGAAGGGCAAGGCUGCCGCUGCCGCCAAGGGCAAGGGCAAGAAGACCAAGAAGGCUCCUUCACCUGAACCUGAGUCUGAACCGGAGUAUGCUCAGAAGACCGAGGAGGACAAUGAUGAUGACAAGGAUGUCAAGGGAGAGUCUGAUGCGGAGGAGGUGGUGGAGGAGAAGCCUGCUCCGAAGGCAAAGAGGGGAGGCCGCAAGGCUGCUGCUGAGAAGCCGGCUGCUAAGAAGCGCGGUAAGAAGGCGUGA